ACAUUUUUUUUGGAAACGACCCUAUCCAUCCACAUGCUUCCUGUGGCUUCACGCAUGGGUAAAAUAAAAAAAUAACGGAACAAUCGCGAGAGGCGCUCGCACCACUUCUGUUCCUCUCAUCUGCUCCAGAUCGAAACAUUCAAGACCCCAACCUCCUCCCCGUUCUAUUCCUCUUAUCCAGAUCUAGAUCGAAGCAUCCAAGACCCCAAUCUCCUCCCUGUUCCUGGCUAUUUGCAUCUCCUCCCCAAUCCCGCUCUGCUCCUCCCUCCUCCCACAUCCCGCUCUGCUCCUAGCUCCUGCCAUGGGUAGUCGCAGUAGGACCCCAACCUGCCGCUGCAAGAAGCGCCGCCGCAUCAGUGGGACGAAGUCAGGCACCAAGAUGUGCAACAGUGGCGAUGAUAGGAAGCUGAAUUGCGGCGCCGGACACAUCAACAGCCAUGGUGAAGUCAACGGAGAAGUCGAUGCGGUCAAGCAUCCCAUCGGAUGUGGUGGCCCGUGUGUCAACGCGCACGGCGAACUGUACGUCCCCGACUCCGAAGAAGAGGAGCCCGAUAUGAAGGUGGAGGCCGCCGUCUAUCCCGGCAAGACCCAGCAAACGGAUGCCCUUCCCUGCAAGAUCCGCCACUGCUUCGGUGGGAUCCAUGGCUUGAAGGUCGGUAGCGGCGUGGAUGGUGAGAAGGUUCGUGGGGGGAUCCAAAGCUGUAAAGGGUUCGAUGUCGGCAAGAGCUGUAUCAGACGGGAGGGCCUGCGCAUGGACAUCCACGACAGCUUGUGCGUCCCGGACUCAGAGGAAGAAGACUCCGACAGGGAGGUGGAGGCAAGCAGUGCAGAUCCUGCCGCCGACCGCAUUGCGGGCAUGGAUGGCGAUAACACAGCCGCGGAUCGCAUGGAGCUGGCCGCCAAAAAAGCUGCCCAAAUCGCGGCCGCAAUGAAGCUGUCCCCAAAGGUGCAAGCACGCCUAGAAUCAGUGCUUGGCAACAUGGAUCCGCUCUUCCACGACGAAUUUGUCAGCAUGUACAAGAUCAUGGUACCUAUCUUCUUCAAACCUUAGUGUAUCUAUUGUUGGUUUAUGUAUGCUGAUGAAAUGCUUUUGAUGUGGCUUCAUGCACCCCACUUAGGCAUGUGAACUAAUGUUGUUGUUAGCUGCGCUGUGAACUAAAGACCCCAGUUUGGUGCGGAUGUAAACUAAUAUGGAUCCUUUGUGUGAUAAAUAGUGUCUUUGUGUUCAUGAAAUGCUGUGCACUUUCGAAUUCGACAAGCCAAAAUUUGUGAUUGUUUUACAUUGCAAUAAUGUGGCCACCUACUAAUUAUUGGCAUUCAUUUGUGCAUGAUCAUGUUGCUUUAUGUAUGGUGAAAUCAUAAUACAGAAAGGCUUAAAUUGUAGACGCAUGCCAGAAUCAUGUCUACUAAAUUACCUUAGCUUAAGUAGUCAGCAACAUAUUCCAGUACAAGUAUCACAGUAGCAAUAUAAAACCGCAGCACCUAGGCAAAAUACAACCAUUACAUGGCUCAUACCAGCACUAAAUAAUCCUAAACCAACUAGGUACCCAAGGACUCCAUCACACUCUCAUAUAGUUGACGAUCACAAUUUAGGGAUCUGGGAAGGAGGCCUAGGGCCUCUAGCCUUUCUUUGUUCAUGUGAGGUAUCUUGUAUUUGUUUCCUCCACCAGCCUUCAUCACCUCAAUCAAACAUCCUUGCAAUGUGAGGAAGACAUUUCUCAGAUCAUUUACAUCAUAAUUUCGAAAUUCAUUCUCGACAUUUGCAAUCAAUUCAUCCAGAUUUCUAGAGGUCGUUGUAUCUGUCUUUGACUGAAGAGAAGCAAAAAAUCCUAGAUCUAAGACAUUCAUAUCAGGGGAAUUAGGAGGUUGGUUGAUGAGGCGGAUGUCAAAACCAGUCUGGGCUGCUGCUCUUGCAAAGUCUUCAUCGUCAACUGGGACAUGAGUUCUAGCGUUAUCCUGUUGAAUCCAAAUCGUUCUCCCUGCAUCUUCUGCAGGCCAACGAGUUUUGAUGGCCCAUAGGACUUUACCAAUCAGGUAUGAUCUCAUAGUAUCCCUGUCAACUGUCAUUGUCUUGGUGAUGAGUGUCCCUCUUGGUCUGUUACCACUUCUCCUUUUAGCAGGUUCCUGCGUAUAGUAGCACACAAGUUACCUUUGUGAACACAUAACAUAAAAUAAUUCAUUGAAGCAUGUAGGUUACUCUACCUUCCGUAUAAAAGCCCAGAUGCCUAUCUUGCCAUCGAAUGUGCAAUUACCUUCAUUGUCAUAUCGAGGCUUAGCAACUGCAGUUAAGAACAUCACCUUUCCAAUGCUAUUCUUGUUGCGGACAGUCCUGUGGGGCUCAUCCUCAUCUGGAUGCAAGUAAAAGGUCAUAUUCUUUUUUGUGGCAUUGUACCACUUCUCAUCCAGGUGGAUGAUGUUGUCCAUUUCAAUAAACUUUGGUUCCAUAUGCAAUGUACUUAGAUCUAGCAUUGAAAUACACCACCACAAUCUUUCCUUUUUGUUCUCUUCUGUUAAAUAUGGCUUUAUAGUGUUAGAGUGUCGUCUUAAGAGUCCUUGUUUGAACAGCCUAUGUAAUGUGCUUUUGUUUGAACCCAGAGCUUUAGCUAGAGAUCUUAAAUUCGACCUUCUGCGAAGCGGAAUAGUUUGAACUUGUGAUAGGUCAACUUCAACCUUUUUUCGGCCACAAUUCUUGGGCUUUCUAGAACUGAUAUCAACUGGUACUCCAUUAGCUUGACAUUGCUUUGCACGCUUCCAAACCCUCCACACCGCUGAUCGAUGGACAUUGAAUAAUUCAGCAACCUUGUUUGUAGUGUUUUUCCUUAGUUUUCCAUUGACACUUCUCUGGAGCAAAGCUUCGUAUAUUUGUUGUCUUUGGUUGGGGGUAAGAUCCUUUGCUCUAGUGUGAACAUUUGCAUUUGCACAUCUAUGUUCAUUGUUUGAGUCAUGCAUCUCAUCUUGGUUGAAGAUAAUGUCCUCCUCCAUGGCAUCGAAGUAGGCAUCUCUGACUACAAAAAAAAACUACAUAUUAGUUGCGUAAUGCAUAUUGGCCACUCACAUGAUAUAUGCAUUCGUGUUAUGAAAAAAAAUACUACAUUUUCAAUUAACCUAGAGUGUCCAUUCGUGUUAUUGAUGACAAAUAAAAUUGUUGUGCAGAGUUAUGAAAACCAAAGAAGAUUCAUGUAAGUUAGUGAUCAUACUCUGUUGCAUUUCUUCGUGUUGGGCAGGGACUAGUAAAUUGAGAUCAAAAUCAUCUUGUUCAUCAAUAACAUCAAAGGCAAUAUCUCCAACUGGUUGCUGAUCAAAAUUAGCAGGCUGCACAUUGAGGUCUGGUAUGGCUUCUCCAUCUGGUUGGUGGUCAUCAUAAGUAGCCUGCACAUUGAGGUCAGGUAUGGCCUCUCCAACUGCUUGCUCCUCAUCAUCAGGAGGAUGUGCAUUGAGGUCUAGUAUGGGCCAUCCAUCUCGAUUAGGUUGAUGUUGUUCAUCAUCAGCAUGCACUAUAGUGAGUAAUAUCACUUCCAACAAGUUGUGCAAACUGUGCUUCAUGGAAUUGGAAGAGUUCUUCCUCAUCCGGCAGCCCCAUAUUCAGGUCUGGUAAGGCUCCAAGCAUUGGGAAUUGUAGUUCACCUGGUGGCUCCACAGUCAUGUUUGUGAAAUCCUCUCCUAGAUCUGGUGGUUGUGAGUUGAGAUCAAAAACCAUGGCAGCUGGAGCACUCUAAGGCGUGAGCAGCAAAUGAAAGGAGAUGGGAGGAAGAGUUGUCUGGUGCUCGCUACGUGUGCUUUUGUAGUCUGUCAAACUAGCGCGGCAAAUGAAAGUUUGAAAUGUGUGGUCAUGGUU